AUGAAAAUCAUAAGCUGGAACUGUCGGGGAAUUGGCAACCCCCGUACAGUUUCUGUUCUCAGGGACUUGUGCUGGAGAGAGUUGCCAUAUAUAGUCUUUGUUAUGGAGACUAAAAUUGACUCGAGUAGACUAGAGGGUAUUCGUAACAAAUGUGGAUUCACAGAUGGUAUUAGUGUUUGUAGUAAUGGGCUGUCGGGUGGAAUUGGUCUAUGGUGGAGGGAUGUUUCAGCUAGGCUGGUUUCGUUCUCUUCCAAUCAUAUUGCUGUGGACAUUGUAAAUUGUAAUAACGGCCCAAUUUGGAGGGCAGUAGGUGUAUAUGGGUGGCCGGAGAAGGAAAACAAACAUAAAACUUGGGCUUUAAUGAAGAACCUACGGCAACAUUGCAGCAUUCCGAUGGUUUUUUUUGGCGAUUUUAAUGAAGUUCUUAUUGAUACAGAGAAGGAAGGCGGUAUUCCUAGGAGUGAGCGAUGCAUGGAUAACUUUAGGGAAGUUUUGAAUGUUAUGGGUGUUAGAGAUUUGGGUUUCAAAGGCUGUAAGUUCACAUGGCAGCGUGGUCAAUCUCUUUCAGCGCUUAUCAGGGAGAGGUUAGAUAGGUUCCUGGCAUGCGAUUGUUGGUGUGGUUUAUUCCCGUAUUACAAUGUCAACAACCUCCCAAUAAAUGUCAAGCAUUCUGAUCAUGCUCCAAUUAUUCUCAAGGCGGGAUUGAGGGAGGAGAAUAGAAGAAAAAAAAGGAUAUUCCGGUUUGAGGCACUUUGGCUCUCAAAAUCGGAGUGCGAAAGUGUGGUCAAAUCUGCCUGGAACAAUAAUGUGGCUGAUCCUAUUCAUAUGAGGAUUGCUAAUUGUGCGGAAUCUCUCAGUCUGUGGGCUUCGAACACCUUUGGGGAUAUAAGGAAAAGAAUUAAGAAGGCUGAGGAGAGGCUUCUAGCAACGCAGCAAGGUGUAAUGGAUGGUGUCAAUUUGCAUAGAUGCUGGAGUAUAUCGCAGGAGCUUGAUGAGCUUCUUAUGUUGGAGGAAUCCUACUGGCAAGCUCGGGCAAGGGCUAACGAAUUACGAGAUGGUGAUAAGAACACUAGUUAUUUCCAUCAUAAAGCUAAUGCUCGGAGGAGAAAAAACAGUAUUAAGGGGUUGGAAGAUGGCGAUGGUGUAUGGAAGCAGGACAAAAAAGAUAUGCAAGACAUUAUUUUAGGCUAUUUUUCCACCCUCUUUACAUCUGAUGGCAGUAGGGAUAUCGAUGAGGCACUUGCUGGAGUUUCGAAUGUUAUUACAGAUGAAAUGAAUCAGAAGUUGUGUGCCGAGCCUACAGGGGAGGAGAUUCACCGAGCCCUCUUUGAAAUGCACCCUAAUAAGGCUCCCGGAAUUGAUGGUAUGCACGCUCUCUUUUACCAAAAAUUUUGGCAUGUUGUUGGCAUUGAUAUUAUUAAUUUUAUUCUUGAUUGGUGGUAUUGUAAUGUGGAUAUUUCGGAUAUUGGGAAAACUUGUAUUGUCUUGAUUCCGAAAUGUCAAGAGCCCCGAAAGAUUACAGAAUAUAGACCAAUCAGUUUGUGUAAUGUGCUAUAUAAAAUAAUCUCAAAAAUGAUGGCCAACCGUCUCAAGCCUUUUUUGAAAUCAGCAAUCUCCCAACAACAGAGUGCCUUUGUUCCGGGUAGACUUAUAACGGAUAAUGCUCUUGUUGCUUUUGAGAUUUUUCAUUAUAUGAAGCGUAAGGGGGAUGGGAAACAUGGUACUAUGGCCCUUAAAUUGGACAUGAUGAAGGCGUAUGACCGGGUUGAAUGGGGUUUUUUAGAACACGUAAUGCUGAAGUUUGGAUUUUGUGCUUCCUGGAUGUUUUUUCUCGACUCCUGA